AUGCCGCCUAAAAUAAAAAAUCUUUUAUGGCGGUGUGCUCGUAAUGUGCUGCCGGUUCGUGACAAUCUGCGCUCCAAGAGGGUGUGGAUAGGCAGGGGUUGUCCGAUGUGCGGCUACAUGGUGGAGACGCUAGAACAUCUCUUUUGUGACUGUGUAUUUGGGGAAGGGGUUUGGGGCGCUGUGAAUGUUCUGCAAGGCAGGGAUUUUGCGAGCUUCUUGACUCAUGUGAUUGGCAGGUUGUCUGUGGAGGAAGCGUGGACACUGGCUGCUGUCUUCUGGACGAUUUGGACGGCGCGUAAUGAUGUUGUAUGGCACAAUAAAAUUCCGGAGAGGGUGAAUGCUAGUGAGCAAAUGCUGCGAUUGCAGCUUACUUGGAAAGAAGCAUACGCUGUCCAGAGGCCUACGGUACGUCAUGCUCCUGAAUGGAUUUCGCCUCCUUGUUAUACUGUCAAAUGCAAUGUAGAUGCUGCCUUGUCCGGUGAGGGCGCUAGUUUUGGCGCUGUGGUGCGGGACCAUAACGGGGGUUUUGUCGCGGCGAAAAGUGGACAAAUGGAUGGUGUCGUUGAUCCGUACAUGGCUGAAGCUCUCGGUGUCAAGGAAGCCCUGACAUGGCUUAAAGCACAACAUCACAAGACAUAUGGAGUGUUAGUGUUUCCCAUGUCAAGAGAACAGCGAACUGUGUGGCUCAUGUCGAUUGCUAGAGACAUAUGGAGUGUUAGUGUUUCCCAUGUCAAGAGAACAGCGAACUGUGUGGCUCAUGGGAUUGCUCGGGCAACCGGUUCUUUAGCUGCCUCAGGGGUUUGGUUUGAUAUCCCACCAGCUUGUAUUGUGAAUUAUUUCAAUCAGUAA